UUUGUUAACAGGAUGCGUCUGACGGCUCAUCGUAGUGUACUAAUUGAAUUUGACGGAUAUUCGUAGGGAUGAAUAGAAAAUCAGCUUGUCUUGUGAAUUGAGUCGGGAAUUGACAAUGCUGCAGGGCUGUCGCAGAACUUAUUAUGUGACGCGAACUGUAUCUUACUGGGUCGCAAAAUAAUAGAAGUUGCGUUGAGGGAGAGGUAUGUUUGUAAACAUACUGUCGCUAUUGGAAUUGAAUCGUCUUUUCUGUAUCGCCGAAUGUAAAUGGAUAUGGCAGAAGAGCGCAAAAGCAGAAAGGGAAUGAGUUCUCCAAUACCUGUUCCAUCUGGAGGCUCACGUCAAAGUUAUGAUCUGUCAUCUCCUGGCCACCUUCCAGAUCAGGGGAGAGUAAUGACACCACCAAAUUCUUCAGGCCGUGCAUCAGUAGGAGCAUCAAUUGAUCAGGGGAGAGUAAUGACUCCACCAAAUUCUUCAGGACGUGCAUCAGUGGGAGCGUCGAUCAAUGUAGCAAACUGGCUUGACAACAGUGUGUCUAAAUCUGGAGAAUCUCCUGCAUCCGACAAGUUACAACCUCUAACAAGAAAAGAGUCAUACAAAGCCCAGCGCAAAAACUACUGCCGAGAGAAGAAAAGAGUGGCCAAAGAACUACUGAGCUCUCUCAAAGAUCCAUCCGUAAUUGUAUUAGCUGACUGGUUAAAAGUUCGUGGCACACUUAAGAGUUGGACUAAGUUGUGGUGUGUGCUAAAACCAGGACUUUUACUAUUGUACAAGAGCUUAAAAUUGAAGAGUAGUCACUGGGUAGGAACAAUCCUUCUCAAUACAUGCCAGGUAAUUGAAAGGCCUUCAAAAAAGGAUGGAUUCUGCUUCAAACUUUUCCACCCACUGGAGCAGUCCAUAUGGGCACCUAGAGGACCACACAAUGAAACGAUUGGUGCUGUUGUUCAGCCAUUGCCAACAUCUUACCUGAUAUUCAGAGCACCUUCACAAGCAGCUGGCAAGUGCUGGCUUGAUGCUCUGGAGCUCUCUCUCCGUUGUUCAUCAUUAUUGGUUAGGAGUAGUAGUGCCUGUAACAGAGGCUCAACUGAUGCUACUACCAGCCAUGAAACACAGUGGAGUGAAGCUGAUUAUGAGCGCCAUUUCAAUGAUCAUGAUUUGGAUGACCUCAGCCAGCCGGACAAUGUACCUGAACAGCUCUCACUGUCAGACUCAGAUUCAGAGGGAUCAACUGGCAAGCGAGAUGAAGUGGGUGAUCUGCUGGAUGACCCACCUGAGACCAUAUAUGUUCACCAUGAGGAACGUCCAGAAGAGUUUGGAAGUGCUGGAGAGCAAGUUGAGGAGCUAGCAGAAGAGAAUAAAUCUCUGAUAUGGUAUCUUGUAAAGCAAGUUCGUCCUGGUAUGGAUCUGUCAAAAGUUGUCCUGCCUACUUUUAUAUUAGAACCACGGUCAUUUCUUGACAAGCUGUCUGAUUCCUACUAUCAUGCAGAUAUUCUUUCACAGGCAGUACUGGAGGAUGAUGCCUUUACCAGAAUGAAGGGUGUUGUAAAAUGGUACCUGUCGGGUCUUUAUAAAAAACCAAAAGGCUUAAAGAAACCUUACAAUCCAAUCCUUGGUGAAACAUUCCGCUGUUACUGGGAGCAUCCAAAUUCAUCUCGGACUUUUUAUAUUGCUGAACAGAUUUCACAUCAUCCUCCAGUGUCAGCAUUUUAUGUAACCAAUCGGAGAGAUGGAUUCUGCAUCAGUGCCUCAAUUUUAGCAAAAUCAAAAUUCUAUGGGAAUUCUACAUCAGCUAUUUUAGAUGGAGUGGCUGUUCUAACAUUCCUUCCACGUGGUGAAGACUAUAGCAUUACCAUACCAUAUGCACAUUGUAAAGGUAUCCUCAUGGGAACACUAACUAUGGAAUUGGGUGGGAAGGUCACAAUAGAAUGUGAAAAAACAGGAUACCGCACUGAAAUUGAGUUCAAAUUGAAGCCCUUUCUGGGUGGUGCAGAACAGACAAACAUGAUAUCGGGACAGUUAAAGUUGGGGAAGGAAACCUUGGCAACGUUGGAUGGAUACUGGGACAGCAGUGUAUUCAUCAAAGAUCGGCGUACAGGGGAGGAGCAACUACUGUGGAAGCCUACACCUGAGAUAAAAUCGAAGAGGUUGAAACGUUACACAGUUCCUAUUGAACAUCAAGGUGAAUGUGAAUCUGAAAAUUUAUGGCAACAUGUCACUGCAGCAAUUCUACGAGAUGACCAGGUUGCCGCUACAGAAGAGAAGACAGUUUUGGAAGAAGCACAGAGGGCUGCAGCAAAGGAACGGAAGAUAAAGGGUAUUGAAUGGAUACCAAAACAUUUUGAGCAGGAUAUUAUAUCUGGCCAGUGGGUUUACAAACAUGCUGAUCUACGGCCAUGGGAUCCCCGCAAUGAUGUAUUGCAAUAUGAAUACAGCUAUGUAAUUCAGACAAAAACAAGACACAGGACACCAAUGAUUCGUACUGCCAGCAUUGUCAGUGUUGAUCCUCAGAAUACACUUCGUCAAACAGAAUCACGCUCAUCUGUAACAGUAAUAAAGUCAUCGAAACACCAGCUUUCUACGCAAGUGAGUCCAGUUGACAGGAACAGUGGAAGCUCAUCCCCAGAAUUCCACAGUGAUUCCAGCCACACUGAAAGGCAUAAAAGUAGUUCUUGUGGGUCUGCAAGAGUGAAAGAAAGCCUCGCUGUAAUGCAGUCACAUCUUCAAGAACAGCAUGAAAGGUUAUCUCGCAUUCAGCAUAAUCUAGAGCAGUUGGGGAAGCUACAAAGGGAGCAAGAGAAGGAGAGACAACUUAAUUUUAACAGGCAGUUAUACCGUGCAGCUGUUUUACUUAUUGUGAUUCAGUCCUUCAUAACAAUUAUUUUCUCUUACAUAGUUCAGUGGAAGUAAUUUACUAUUGGGUGACAUAUCUGUGUGAGCAUAUGCUUAACACAGCUGUGUACCUACUGUGACAGCUAUAGAAGAAAAAACAACCCUCUGUGAUAUAUUUUGUUUGGUUUCAAAAUGGCAUCUUUGAUCAUAAUAGUGAACUGUUUUAGUUGCAUUUAAAAUUGAGAGAGAUUGAAUGGCACGUAUGUUCCAUAAAACAUUUGUAAAUUUUUGUAAUACUGUCACUGUAAAAUCGAGCUGAUAAUGUAAGUUAUGUUCUGGUACCUCACAUUUUAUUUAAAAUGUGCUGUGACUGUUGUGCAGCUGUUUCCCAGUGAACUUAGAUUGUUCAGAUGUUGUAGAUAUUAUUUCGUUUCUGUGUUUGUGUGAAAGAGUGGUAAAUAUUGAGCCUAGUCUGUCUAGGGGCAUGGAUGAUCAGACAUGUGUUCUUUCAAAAUUUGGCGGAAAGAAAGUAAACAAGCAUCUUGCUUCUGUGUCAUUGUCAACUGAGUGAAACUGAAAUGUGAUGUGCUUCCAACUCCCCCCCCCCCCCCCCCUCUGUCUCUCUCGCUUUGUGUGUGUGUGUGUGUGUGUGUGUGUGUGUGUGUGUGUGAGAGAGAGAGAGAGAGAGAGAGAGAGAGAGAGAGAGAGAGAGCAAAGCUGUAAUGAAAUUUGCUGUAUUGCACUGUUGUACUGUUGUAUUAUAUUUACAUAGUUCUUUUUUUUUUUUUUAGUAAACUAUGCUCGGCAGCUAUUUUCUCAUGUCAUAUUCAGUUAGACCUAACUAGUGCUUGCUCUAAUAUUUUACUUUUACAGUCCAGUGAUGUCACUGUAGUGAUUAUUUUGUUGCUGUUUAUGUAGCCAGAUCUUAGUUUUUUCUCGGUCUUACCUUGCUGCAAGAAAGUUGUGAGGAAAAAUUUUUGUAAAUGGUGCUAUGUGCACAUACAUUAUAUAUGUGUGUAAUGAUUCAGUGUUUUGAAAUACAUGAAGUCUUGUGCAAGUAAGGGUGUAGGAUAUUUUAAAACUUCUGAGAUGUAAUUGGUGAAUGACAGAAGUACAAGGCAUCCUUUAUUUCGUAUCCUGUAAUCUUGUAUUUCACGUCCUGUAACUUUGCUUAUCCUGUCAAAUGGGAGUAGUGCUGCUGCCACCUGUCAUUCUGUAAUAUAAAGUUAAACAAAUGCUGGACCUUGUUGUUUUAUGCUUGUUACAUAUUUGAGAUGAAAGCCUGCUGUAUUAACCCAAGAGAAACCACAAAAAACCUAGAUGUUAAUCAUGAGGUGUAUUUUAUCAGUGACUGUACAGUGUAUCCUUUGUCUGAAAAGAGUUGAGUUAAUGCUUAGAAAACUUUUUGCAUUAGAUGUAGCAAUUAGUAUUUCAUAUAUCAAAAGUAGAUAGCUAGCAGCAGAAAUAGGUUUCACUGACCUUCAUUUGAAAAAUCCUGAAAGCAUAGCAAGUUCACAUAUCUUUCUUUAUUCUACCAGAAACUGUGUUGCUUGGGAAGUUUUUUAAUCAUUAUUAUUAUAAUAGAGACUGCAAGGAACAGAUGACACCUCUAUUUAAACAUUUGUCUUCUACUUUUUAUGGUAAGUCAUUAAGAACUGUACACUGGCCUAUCUCAAAUUGUAUAUAAGGUACACACAAUGGUUGGUGUGGGUAGACUGUGAAUCAAUAUGCACUGAAACAUUACUCGUUUGAUAGUGAAUACAGUAGGACACAAGGAGUCAAGGAGACAAAAUUAUUGAUUGGUAUCAAGUUAAAUCAGACAAUGUGGGGAGAAGCAGCUCAUUUAUAACAGAUGCGAGAAUUAUACCUUUGUUCAUGGGGGGAAAAGAGGCUAGGGUACAACAGGUUGAGAAAUAUACCUUUGAUCAUGAAGUUUAGUUGUUAAUUUUAAAACUGCCAUGGGGUUUCUCUGAAAAAAGUUGUGGAAGCUGUACUGACAAGGGUAACAGAUUAAAGAUUCUAGAAUGUUGUUCAGACAACUGUAGAGAGAAUAAACAUUUAUAUUGUUUUACCAAUUGAAUAUUACCAGUUAAUUUCAGUGAUCCAGUGAAUUACUAAAUAAUAUUUAUAGUACACAAACUAAAAGUAUAUGAUGUCACUUUUUUAUAUUCUGUAAUGACCAUGAACAACUUUUUUUUAUUUUUAAGAUAUGGACACUCCUAUAGGUAAGCCAUGAAGUCAUGAACUGUACAUAACAUUCACUCGAAAAAUAAGCACAAAAUUCCAUUCUCCACAUUGCUCUAAUUUCAAUCUGAAGUAAGAUUAGUGCAUCAUUAUAACUUUAGUUGGCCUACAAACAGAAAAAAGAAUUCUGAAAAUAAUUAAUAACACGUUGUUUGACACGACAUUCUCUACAAUAAUAAUAAACAUACAGAAGUUUCAUGAAGUAUGAUUAACAAAGAGUCCAAAAGAUGUGCAUGUGUACGCUCCUGCUGAUGCAAUAAAUAAAGAAAACUGUUGUGAUGAUCAAUUUAAAACUGUAGGUUAGUAGAUGGAAAGCAUGGCGUAAAGAAUGGUAACAUGCAUUUUACUUCAACAGUGAGAUGUAGA